AUGUGGGUGAAGGAGCUUCUCUCUGAACAGAAGCCAACCUGGACUUUCUAUGCACAUGAUAUCAUAGCCCGCACAGGCCUAAGCUCGGAAAGAAACGUGAACCGAGAUAUGAAAAUGAAUAUUUUCCUACAAUCUUUCAAUACAAAAAAAUCACAGCUACCCCGGGACCUACAAAGAAUCCUGACCGUAGCCAAUGAAACAGGAGUGCGGGCAGAGGAAAACCACAACCUACGUUUAGUCGGGGAGGUGGAAGAAAUUUCCCAGUUCCUCGAUGACCCAAGUCAUAACACAAUGGAGGAAAACCUAGGCUGCAAAAAACCAAAUGAAUGUAUGCUUCAUGCAAAAGAAUUAAUGGACACCCUGCCAAAAAAGUGGGAUCCUCGUUUCAUGCUCCCUGAGGACUAUGAGGAGGGCCCGGAGCAACUAGACGAGGGAUUUGAGUUCGAUCGGAGAGUGACUGUGGAUGGUUCAAUCGCAAAUGCUUUCCGAAUUUUCACUGAGGGAGUAGUAUGCAAUGAACUACCAGAUCUUCGACUCAGUGCCCCAUCAGACGAAAUUAUCAAUGCAGCCACAGAUGGGUCCUGCAUUGACAAUGGUUCCUCCAAUGCAAGAGCCAGUGAAAACAGCCUUGAGAUCGCCCUAAAGAUACCCACAUCCCUGCCCCAGUCCAACCAGGUAGGCAAGGUGGUAGCAACAAAAGAGCUAGCAAACAGAGAAAGUGCUCCAAGCGAUGAUAGCCAGUCUCCGCAGCAGAAAACAGAUUACCACCAUGACAUGGGUAAAGGGGCACAACGGACACCCAGGAAACACUAUGGCUGA